AUGGAGGAGAAUUUCAUUCCGAUUGAUAUGGAAGAUUAUGAGGACGAAAAUCUGUAUGAAGUUGUCUCGAUUGAAAAUGGAAAAUUGGAUUUGUUCAACUGUUCCUUGGUAGACAAUCUCGAGAAUGACAGUAUAAACAACGUCAUAUGUUCUGAAACCAAAAGCAUUGAGCAGCAGAAAGAACUCUGUGCCAAUUUGAGACUUCGAUAUCUUUUUGCGGAAGCACGAUUUAUGCAAAAGGAAGAAGAAUUGCGCAGCUUAGAGCAAACACGAUUCGAAGCCGCAUUGGAAGGAAGAUUUACUGCUGACGAAUCCCUCAUGAUGCAUAAUACUAAUCAACAGCUGGAGCAACAAGUAAAGGAUCUUAAUUGUAAACGAAGACAACUGCGUAACAAGUUCCUGUUCGAACAUGAGAAGUACAUUCAUUCAUGCCAAACUUUGGAUACGCUUAAGCAAGCUGUAACUCAACAUUGA